AUGGCGCCUUCAAAGAUGCCCUUGCGGGUCGAUGAGGAGCUCGGCAAGAAGGAUGAUGAUCACCAAUUUUCCGAACAAAGACAAACUCGAUUUCGUCUCCUCUCAAAUUCGAGGAUCCCUCGUCCUCGGCGUCUUCUGCUUGCAGUUUUAGCUCUUUUCCUUCUCUACCAAUUCUUCAAGCAUAUGCCCGAUGAUUUGGCUCCCGCUGUCGAGCGAUACAACCCGACGAUUGCGAGCCUUAAACACCCAAAACCUCCGUCUCCAUCGGGAUCUGUGCAGUCACUUCCUAUACCGAAAGCACAGAUUUUACCAAAUGACAAGGCGGGAGCUUUGUAUGAUGGGAAGGUCAAAUUCUACGAGUUGGCCCAAUCCCUCCCCCGCGAAAAGCACCCAGGGAAUAUGGCUAGCCAUGCAGUAAUGUUUGCCGCAUCGAGCCUCCAUAGCGUUUCAGAUAUGUUGCCAAUGGCAUGUGGAAUGGCUGCAAAGGGGCUGAAUCACGUCCAUUUUGUCUUGAUGGGGAAAGAGGAGGUGUCUAUUGAUGGCAUCAAACAGGUAAACGCGAUUAGCGACCUUGAGUGUCCAAUGACGUGGCAUGACAGUCGGCCGGACCGCGCAGGCGAAUCCACUGACGCGCGUAUGGAGCGGUCGGUGGGCGGAGGACUUGAGGUCCUUCGAAUGCAUAUUGCUCCAGAGGUCGUAAUCACACAAAGACAGGACUGGGAAACACCUUUCUUCUGGAAUGGAGUUCAAGCGCAUAGUCUGGCAUCGGGAAUUCCUCACAUUGCCCUCCCUGCUUCGUCAAUAAAUCUCAUGUGGAUGGUUCAUAUUGAUAGCACUGCUCUUCAAGCAUGGAAUGAAAUCCACGUUGAGAUGGUUGUCCAUGCAUCCGAAUCAUCAAGCUCCUUGAUUCGACUCAUUCGGUCAUUGGAUGCCGCUGACUAUCUGGGAACCAAACCCAGCUUGACAGUCGAACUUCCAGCUUGGGUAGACCCCGAGUUGCUUGCUAGCUUACAAGAUUUGAAUGGACUGUCUCAGCUGGCAGGGCGUAUCACUCUGCGGCGCCGUAUCCAACCCCACUACAUGGACCCGGCUGAGUCUUCCCUGCGCACCGUGGAAAGCUUCUACCCUUUGAAUCCGAAGGUGUCGCAUAUGCUCCUGCUGUCCCCUCAAACGGAGCUGGCACCAUCAUUCUAUCAUUACCUCAAGUACAGCAUCCUGUUCUACAAGCAGUCUUCUCGGGCGCAGCGUGUGGCAUCGAAGCUCUUGGGUAUUUCACUGGAACUGCCCUCUGUCAAGCCUACUUCUGACACGGAGCCACUCACUCCGACAUCUUUGGAACCACCAGCUCAGACACAGGGAGGCGGGCAAUAUAUUCCCUCUUUCCUCUGGCAAGCACCAAAUAGCAAUGCGGCACUGUACUUCGGGGACAAAUGGAGCGAGUUCCAUUCUUUCCUUUCCAGCCGUCUUGCUUCCUCGGAGAGAGAUUCUCAUAUUCCUUCUCAUGAAAAAUUGAUUUCCUUGAAAUAUCCAGCUUUCAUGGAAUACCUACUGGAAAUGAUGCGAGCCAAGGGUUACUAUCUUCUCUAUCCCUCAUUUCCAGGUCGCACGGCCGCGUCCCUAGCGACCGUACAUACUGACCUGUACCAUCCCCCGGAAGAAUUUACGCACACCCCUAGUGGCACAAAUAGUGAGGAUCAAUCGGGUACAGAAAUCAAGCACCCGAUCCCGCCUGCAACCACUGCUAUCAGAGGGUUGUCGGCAGAGAAGCCGCUUGAUCGUGCAUCUACCAUUCUCCCUCUCCUCGACGCCUUUGAAUUGGGACUUUCUGAUGUCGAGUCAAUCCCUUUACUAUCUUAUAAUGGGGAGCGGCUGGCAGAGGAGACGCUACAGAAGCAGACCAUGGACUACGCCAGGAUAUUCCGGGUUCGAUAUGGACAUUGUUCUGAAGAAAGCCAACAGGUCGAUGACCCCUCCGCACCUCUUUUCUGUCUUGAAGAAUGA